CAGCAUUUUGGAAUCUAGUAGGCUUGCACGUGUGUCGAUUUUGGCGCCGUUCACUGGAGUAAUAAAGCAAUGAUCUGACUGGAGACCGUGGAGAAUGAGCAUAAUUCAUAUUAUGGCAAGGCUUUAUCGACUCGAAUCAACUCUAAAGAGGGGAGCUUCUGACAGCGUUUUGAUCACCCACCUGGCUGCCAUUCCUCCCACAGAGGGAAUUUCUUCCACUCCAAUUGAAGGUUUCCAGAAGCAGAGCUACCCAGAUCUGGUUCUUCAUUUUUCCCCUGGCGUCAAAAGCAGCUCUAUGGCAUAACACUGGCUGUCCACCAUGCCAGUAGCCAUACGGAAAAGAAGUUGGGAGGAGCAUUUGACUCAUCCUUCAGGAUUACAGUACAGUUAUGAUGAUUUGGAUCUGGUGUGCUGUCAUGGGGUGGACAGCGAGGGGCCUUGGAUAGAAUCGGGGGCUUCAAAACAAGGUAGACGGACGAGGUGUGCCUCCAUGCCAGAGGGCUGCCACCGGCUGCCCACACAAGACGAGGCUCAGACUGUUAAACUGACGACAUCUGUUGUAAACAAUGAUAGAGAUUCAGAACAACUUAUGGAAAACAAUAUUGAAGUUCCUAUGGAUUUGCAGGAGGAGUCAGUUCAUGGCUCUCAAGAGUUUGUGGAUGUUGGCAUUUCCCAAAGGGCCUCUGAAAUAGAGCAUCUCCAAACCACAAUCAUAACGAAUUCUGGAGAGUUUCACUGUUGCUCAAACGGUGGGAUGUCGAGAGCAAACAUUUCUUUAGCAACUGAUAGCUGUAGCCACAGCGUGAGCAAUAUCAAUGUUGAAGGUGAAGUUGGCACAGAAGGUAUCCAGAGUCCUGACAUCGGCAUUGACGAUGGUGUCUUUAAAAGUCCACAUAUCUCUAGUGAAGAACAACAAUGCAUCUCUAUCUCCUCUAACAAUGGGCCUCCACUGUCUGAAUCUGCUAGUGAGCAAUCUGGCAAACUUCCAAAUCAUCAGGAAACAAAGGAGAGCCACGCAGAGGGUGACUGCAGACCUCCUGAGAUCUCUGAGACUGCUCUGAACCGGUUGUCUGCUGCUGAACUGGAACCUCAAACUGACCUUCCAGAUGUCGAGAAAGAGACGAUUUCCACCUCUGGUCUUGCGGAUACAAGUGUAACCUUACCUGUUGGUCUGCUAGACAGUUCAGAAACAAUGAUGGAGGGUGUUGAAGUGAUGCCACUAGCUAACACAAUUGUCCAACCAGUUGUGACUUCAGUGCUAGAGGCCAAUAACAGCCAGAGUGCAGAAUCUGCUAAAAAACUGGAUGCAUUGAAUGACUCAGAAACUCUAAAUGAAAUUACAGGACUUGAACGUGGCUCCAGAGACAUUCGGGAAAGAGACUUGGAUCGUCGUGGCUCCACUGGGGCACUGGAUGUAACUACAGAUUUUGAGAUAUCCUGCCAGAAAUCGGUGAGACAACAUAAUGUUGAAACAACAGCAAUGGUCAGGCACCAGGGAGGAGAAAGUGUACAUGCAGAGAGCAGUGAGAAAGCAGCUGAAGCCAGGAAUGGGCCAAUAACACCAUGUGAUAUUUUUGUCAAAGGUCAGUGUUGCUCUUUGACAGCUGAAAAUGAUUUGUCUUCUACAAAACCAGACAACAGAUAUGUAGAGGAAAACUCAGUACAGGCUAUCAGCCAAAGUCCAGAAAUAUAUGAACAAACGACAACUUCCUUAAGUGAAUCAACAGCGAACACUGAUGAAAUCUCAGUGUCCACAGAGUUGGCUUGUUGUGAGGAUCAAGUCGUGGCUCAGCAGCUGGAAAAUAGCUGCUCAAAGCUGGAUACCAUCCUAGAAGCAAGCCACGUUGAGCCGGAUGACACCCCUGCACUUGGUCCUCAAAAGAACUCAGAUUUCACCCAAAGUCCAGAUGCUCAACAUCUCCAGAUGAGCAAUAAACCUGCAGCUACCACACAGCAACUAGAAAACCUGCUUCCGUACUAUGCAGAGGUCAACAAUGUACUCUCACCAGAGGGAUGCCAUGGAAACCAAAAGGCCUCUGGGAGUUGCUUUGGUGAGUCACCUGCUUCUGAGGUGGCAGAUGGUCAGAGGGAACACCACCGCAGGCCAGGACCUGAUGUGUCUAGAAUGGAGGAGACAGAUGAGGAGGCACAAGCUGUUAUUUUCAGCGAUGCACAACUUUCCAGUCCAGUUUUUAAUGGAACAAAUGAACCAGGAGAUCAGAAAGACGACAACACCGUCAAAGUGCGCAUGCGAAAGCGUGAGCAUGCUCGUUUGGACUCGAUGGUGUUGUUGCUGAUGAAGCUGGACCAGUUGGAUCAAGAAAUUGAGAAUGCCCUCAGUGCCACCUCGUCUAUGGAUAGCACACCCACCCUCCAUCGACGUCAACUCCAGGAGUUUGAUGAGGGAUCUGUGCCAGCAGCAUCACAAAACCUUCAACACCAACAGCCACACUCUGCUGCUGCCUCAACCUCAGGACCUACAGCAGCCCUUGGAGCAAUACCUAAGAGUGGAAGCACCUCUACCAUUCCUGACAACACAAAAGCCGAAAUCGAAGCCAAAGAGGCCUGUACCUGGCUCCGAGCAGCAGGGUUCCCACAGUAUGCACAGCUUUAUGAAGACGCCCUGUUCCCCAUCGACAUCUCCUCAGUCACCAGAGACCAUGACUUCCUGGAUCGAGACGCUAUCGAAGCUCUCUGCAGGAGACUGAACACCCUCAACAAGUGUGCUCUUAUGAGACUGGAGAUCUCACCGCAAAGAAAAAGAAGCGAGGACUCAGAUGAAGACGAGCCGUGUGCCAUCAGUGGCCGCUGGACCUUCCAGAGGGACAGCAAACGCUGGUCCCGUAUGGACGAGCUGGAAGUCUUUUCCUCGCUGUCUAUGGACACUGCACCAUCCACUUUCUCUAAGGACCAAGGAGCCCAGAAGGGACAGCUGGCCCUGUGUGAAGGCAACAGCUCAGAGAGCGUGCUGACAGACCUCAGUGAGCAGCCUGAAGUGGGAUCCAUCCACAGCAGCGGGAGUGGAGAACGAGGAGAAGAGAAGAGCCAUGGAGCCUCCAUGACAAGUGAAACUGUACCUGUCGGUGCUACUCGUGCUAGCUCUGUAGCUAGCAUGUGUUCAUCCUCCGGCACAGGCGGGUCAGGGUGUGCCAACGAGGACUCUCUGUCUGAUGGUAUGCCUCCAUCACCCCUUGAGACACUUGGACAUUUCACCUUCGAUGUGAAGACUGGGAUGGGAGGACUAGGAGGAAGUUUAGACAGAGGAGGUGGCAGCGGCAAAAGCACACGGUCAAGAGCUAAAAGCUUUCUCAAGAGGAUGGAGAGUCUGCGUCUGCGCAGCGGCACCACCUCAAAGAGAAAGAAGAAGGGUAACACAGGUGGAGGGAAGAUAGAAAUCAGUGGCCCUGUCAUCAAAGAGGGUCUAGAUGACGACAAGCUGCGGAGGCUCAACUGUGUGGACAUCACCAGUAUCAACCUGAACCUCAAUCACCACCGCGAUCCCACUCAAACUAUGACACUUAACCGGAAUCGCUCUGUUUCCUACUCCACCCAGACCAGCAACGGCAGCACUGGAAGCACUGGGAGCAGCCAGUCUGAAGCCAGCAGCGGGAGUGCAGUGAGUACGCCAAGCCCGGUGACCCGUGCCCGCAGCCACAGCAUAGCAGCUGGCUCCAGUAAGAGAGGAGGGAUGUACUUGGAGGGUUUUGACCCUUUCAGCAUCCCUCAACAAGCUUCAGAUCGUCAGCCCACACCUCCACCCAAAUCUGCCCCGCCCAUCCCCUGCCAAGCAAGUAACGGGAUGACAGUUAAUGAGCAGAACCGCAGGAACAACUGCAGCGCUCAAGGUAACAGCAGGCAAGCAGAAGAAGAGGAGGAGGAGGGCAUGAUCUUCUUCUAUUUACCAGAAGGUCACAAGCCGGGAACCUUCCCCAAAGCCCUUCAGGACGGGAGUUCACGCAACAACAACGAAAACGAUAACGGGAACUCGGUUAUCCUCAGGGGGCGGCAAAGCAGACGCCAGCGCCAUGUGUCCUCAGGCUCCGUGGACAGCCGGCUCAGCUUUUACGACAAUGUCCCCUACACUGAGAGAGAAGAAGAGGGGGAGGAGGAAGAGGGGGAUGAACGCAAACUGGAGCAAGUGCUACAGCACGUCAGCGGCCUGCAGCGGUUUGUAAAUGCCUGGUCAGAGGCUGUCGCUGGAGAAGAGGAGGAAGAGGAGGAGGAUGAAGAGGAAGAAGGGGACUCAGAUUCAGCGCUGGAUUCGGCUUCCCCGUGCCCAUCAUCUCCUCUGCAGAACCGGCUGGAGGAGACAGAGAAUGGAAGCGACCAGGACAGCACGGGGAACCCUCUGGGCGAAGGAGAGGAGGGGAUGAGAGAAAGGAGAGACUCUGGUGUUGGGGCAUCUCUGACCAGAACCAGCAGACCGCAGAAACUUCGCUGGCCAAGCUUCCAGAACUCCCACCGGCCCAGCCUGGCCUCGGCCCAGCUACAGAUUAGCUGCCAGUCUGUGCUACAGAUGAAUCUGCUGCAGAAGCUUUCCCUGCUGCAGCUCACCGCUCUCCUGGAGAGACACACCCCAACAAACAAACAUGGCUUCAGCUGGGCUGUGCCAAAGUUUAUGAAGCGCAUCAAGGUGCGGGACUACAAAGACAGGAAUGUCUUCGGUGUGCCACUACAAGUCAUCGUCCAGCGGACAGGCCAGCCCCUCCCUCAGGGAAUCCAGCAGGCCAUGCGCUAUUUACGCAACCAAUGCCUCGACCAGGUGGGUCUUUUCAGGAAAUCUGGAGUCAAAUCCCGCAUCCAAGCCCUUCGUCAGAUGAAUGAGGCGAGCGGUGCAGAUGGGGGCGGAGUCAACUACGAGAGCCAGUCCGCGUACGACGUUGCAGACAUGCUGAAGCAGUACUUCAGAGACUUACCAGAACCCCUUCUCACUAGCAAACUGUCAGAGACCUUCCUCCAGAUUUAUCAGUACAUGCCCAAAGAGCUCCGCCUGCAGGCCGUACGCGCUGCUGUGCUGUUGCUUCCCGACGAGAACCGUGAAGCGCUGCGGACGCUGCUGUGUCUGCUGAGCGACGUGACAGCCAGCGUGUCUGAGAACCAGAUGACUCCCACCAACCUGGCUGUUUGUCUGGCCCCCUCACUGUUUCACCUCAACACUCUGCGGCGCAAGGAGAGCUCUUCCCCGAGGGUGAUGAACAGGAAGCAGACACUGGGGAAGCCAGACCAGAGAGACCUGAAUGAGAACCUGGCUGCCACUCAUGGCCUGGCACACAUGAUCCAGGAGUGCAGGAAGCUCUUUCGGAUUCCAGAGGAGAUGAAUCGCUGCAGGAACUCAUACGUGGAGCAGGCGCUGCUGCCGCGUCGCUUUGAGGAGUUGGCAGGUGACAAUGCCGGGCAGGGAGGUUACAGAGCGUACCUACGAGACAGCCUGGACGCUCUCCUUAAAGAAGCCAAGGACAAGUUUAAAGGAUACGACAGCUGCUCUACACCGGAGCACGCCGAGCUUUCCUGUCGUAAGGUUCAUGAUGGCUUUCCUCUGCGUCUGUGGAAGGUGACCGUGGAUUUGCCUGCAAGUCCAGAAGAGGUCCUGACCAGGGUGCUGCGGGAGCAGGGUCACUGGGAUGAGGACCUGCUCGAGAGCAGGGUGGUGGAGACCCUGGAUGAGAGGACGGAGGUCUACCAGUAUGUCAGGAACACCAUGGCCCCACAUCCAACCAGAGACCACCUGGUGCUCAGAACAUGGGCAACAGACCUGCCAAAAGGAGCAUGUGCACUGGUGUGUGCAUCCGUCGACCAUGAAGGUGCACCAGUCGUUGGUGUCCGUGCAAAUGUCCUCACUUCACGCUACUACAUCGAGCCCUGUGGAUCCAACAAAUCCAGACUUACACAUAUUUCCAGGAUCGACUGCAGGGGUCGUUUCCCAGAGUGGUACAACAAACUGUAUGGACACUUGUGUGCUUCAGAGGUGUCAAGGAUACGUGAUUCUUUCACUGUGUCCAUGGAAAAAUAAUUUGGCCAACAGCGUCUUCAUACAGCGGACUAUUUGACCAUGGUUUGGAUCUCACAGAGGACUUAGAAUGACACAUUUAUUCCGUUCAUGUAGAGAUGUAGAUGGAGUCCAAGCCUCUUUAUUCUCACACAUAAAGGACAAACCCUGGAGCCUGGAUUGAAGGACUUUUCUUUUUUUUGUUCUGACUUUGCCACAACAGACUGAUGUUACUGUUUAAAAAUCUGCUCUGUUGGGGCUCUGAGUGUGCUGCUUCACUUCACACAAACAUUUAUCUGGGCCAAAGGUUUAUCCAAAAGGGUGCUAUUGCUUCUGAGAAGCAACGGAGGAUUCAACGAGUGAGUGUGUGUGUGCGUGUAUGUGGGUCAAAGCAACAAACAGUUAAUAGAUAUAUUCCUCACACUGGUUUCCAGUGGCAGCAUAAUGUGUACAUACAGUAUUCUGUUCACAGUAAGGUUUUGUGUCCGUAUUGUGUUACCUCUGUUUUUUUUUCUGUUACAGUAAAUCAAAUGAGGAAUAUUAGAUUAGUUAAUAUUGUGGUCAGCUGAUUGAUGAAUCUAUUGAUACAGAAAGAUGUGAAUGUGUUGACUGAAUGCAAACAAUAGACAGGAUAUAGUGAGAUAAAAGGGGGGUGAUGGUGUAGAAGGUUGUAGUGGAGGAAGGUAGAACAGAAGAGAAUGGGUGGCUGGCUCACCAAAAAGCAGAGAGGAAUAAAAACAGCUGUUUGAUCUCUAGAGGAGAUCUGGGUAAAAUUGGUUACUAUUAUUGUACAAAAAGAAGCCAUUUCAUUGUAAACCUUUAACUUGUAAAAGCUGUGUUAGAGGCAAAUAAAUAAACUAAGGAAAUUAAAGACGAACAGAUAAGAAAGGACCAAAUUUGGAAAAGAAAGAGGUAGCUUUACCAUUUUAAGGUUUACCUCAUCAGAAUAAAACAAGUUAGUAUUAAAAAAGAGCACAGUCAAUUCCUUUUUCUUGUUGUUGUAGGCCAGGUAUCACUUGUAUGCAUACAUUUAAGAGUAUUGAUAUCACACUGAAUUUGAUGUACACAAAAACAGAAAAAAAAAAUGCACAAAAACAACCCUCUGACAAGUCCUAAAGAAGAUAAGAAGUAAGCAGAGAAACAAUGGUCCUUUUAUAAAGGUGGAGAUUUUACAGGUUUUACUGUAAAGGAGAGAGCAGACUGAAUGUUUGUGUAAUUUCAAAAGAAGGAAAAAAUAACUAUCUUUGUGUAAGCUUCUUUCUCUGUGCUGUCAUAUCAGUGUUUUCAAAAGAAGUAUAAUAAGAUUCAGGUCCUCAUAACAAAAGUUGACCUUCGUUCAUAACACUCAUGCUUCAAUCUGAGGACUCGCAUAAUGUUUGUCAUGUGGAGCUGUAUGAUUAAAACACUAAGCCAUUGUUCAUUAUCAUAAAUGUCUGUACCUUUAACUGUGUUUCUGCCAAAUAAUAACGCAUGACAGUGACAGUUAAUUUAAACCAAUAUAUUUAUACCUCAGAUAUCUGUUGUUUUGUAUCAUACCAUUUUAUGUUAUUUUAUUGUAAAUGUUCAGCCUCGUGUUACAGAAAUGGACAAAUGUUUUAUCUUUUUUAUUAAUAUUAUUUCUGUACAGGUUAAUCAAAGUGCACUAUUAAAUGUAUUAAAAUAAAACAAACCCUGUCC